AUGUCUUUCUCUAGCAACCCCGGCCUCGCGGCUGGCACUGGCCUUUCCGGGACCGCCUCUCCAUUCUUGCAGCCGUUGACGGCAUGCGCGAUGCUGGUCAUGUACACUGCUGUUUACGUGCUGCCUCUUUAUAUCUCGCCUGCCAGCCGUCCAUCGUCAACGCUAUCGAGAGACGACCCUAUCGUCAUCCGCACACGCAUCAGAUCCGUCCUAUUCUCUACCGCAUCUUGCUCCGCCCUGACUUAUCUCAUCCUUGCCCGUCUGCCCGGUGAUGCUCUACCCUUUGGACCACUUCAUGCUAUGGGAUAUUGGCCCAUUGGCAUACUCGAGUCUGGAUCAUGCCUUCUUCUUACGGCCAUCCUGUUCGCAGCUCCGCUGUACGAGAUUCUUCUCAUGGACGGUGUCUGGCAAGACUGGCGAGGUCUUGAUCCCAUCAUACGCAUUUGGACCCAGCUGACAACGUGGCGGAAUAUUGUCGUGGGACCUUUGACCGAGGAAAUGCUAUUCCGCUCUGCCUCUGUUCCGCUGCUGCUCAGCGCUCGCAUGUCCUUGACUCAAACCGUCUUUCUGUCCCCAGUCAUCUUUGGCUUUGCUCAUGUUCAUCAUUUUUAUGAAUUUCGCAUCUCUCACCCCAAGGUGCCCCUGGUUGUUGCUGUGGCCCGCUCAGUUCUGCAGUUCAGCUACACGUCUCUCUUCGGUGCCUACGCCACUUUUCUUUUCCUCCGAUCCGGGAGCCUCUUAGCCAUCGUGCUGGUGCACGCGUUCUGCAAUGCAAUGGGCCUCCCCCGUUUCUGGGGAGCUGUCGAGCCUUACUGGCACGUGAGUGGGCACCAUACGCGAUCUGAUAGUCGAAAGUGGACGGUCAUUUACUAUGGACUUUUGUUCACCGGGGCAAUUUCUUGGUGGAAAAAUCUGGUGCCCAUGACCCAGACCUCGGCGAGCCUGUUUCCGCAGGGGUUUUGA